GCACUGGCUUCGUGGCCUCGGACAACGUCACUCCAUCUCUCUAAGCCUCGGUUACUUCAUUUGGGAAAUGAGUUUUGGACUAGGUAAAGGAGCAAGUGAAAGACCUGAUGAAGGCUACAGUUCUCAUGCGGCACCCCCAGCAGGUUCAGGAGAUCAUUUGCUCCCUCAGGAAGGGAGGACCCAACAAAUUACAGGCCCUGAUACUCCUCACCUUGCAACCCUUUUAUAACCAACUGACCACAUGGGAUGACUUGGGCUUCAUUCAGUACCAUAGCCUACCACCUACCUUCCAAGAGGAGAAAAAACAAACUUUGCCUUGAGAACAUUGAGACUGUGACUUGCCUUUUUCCAUAUGGAGAGAAAACAGCAAAAAGAAAAAAAAGUGGUCAUUUCUGAUUUUGACAUGACCCUGACUAGAUUUGGAUUUAAUGGAAAGCGUUGCCCUACAUCUUACAAUAUCCUAGAUAACAGCAAGCUCAUCAGUGAGGAUUGUCAGAAAAAGUUAAAGGAUCUCCUUCACUACUAUUACCCAAUUGAGAUUGACCCGAACAGGACGGUCAAAGAGAAGUUCCCUCUUAUGGUAGAAUGGUGGACUAAAGCCCACAAUCUCCUGUGUCAACAGAAGAUUCAGAAGUACCAGAUAUCCCAAAUUGUUAGAGAUUCAGAUGCAAUGCUCAGGGAGGGAUUUGAGACAUUUUUCAACACACUCUACCGAAGCAAUGUUCCCCUUCUCAUCUUUUCUGCUGGUAUUGGAGACAUUUUGGAAGAAAUUAUUAGGCAGAUGAAUGUUUUCCAUCCCAAUAUCCAUGUUGUGUCUAAUUACAUGGAUUUUGAUGAAAGUGGAUACCUGCAGGGAUUCAAAGGUCAUCUCAUCCAUACAUAUAACAAGAAUAGUUCAGUCCUGGAGGACUCCAAGUACUUUGAACAGCUCCAGGCUAAGACCAACAUUCUCCUGCUGGGUGACUCCAUGGGUGACCUGACUAUGGCUGAUGGGGUGUCCAGUGUGGGAAACAUCCUUAAGAUUGGCUUCCUGAAUGACAAGGUAGAGGAACGGAGAGAGCGCUAUCUGGAUUCCUACGACAUUGUGCUGGAGAAGGACGAGACCCUGGAUGUGGUCAAUGGAAUCCUAACCCACAUCUUGUGUGAGGCGGACCAGGCAGGAAUGCAGGAAUCCUGAGUACAGUUGGAGACUCCGCAGGUGCUCUCUCUGCUCCAGCUGGCUCUCCAAAAACUUCUCAUCCCUCUGUGUACAUAAAAAACUCGUGACUUCCAAGAGCCAUUCAUCCCCAGGUCCUUCCCUUCUCCUCUCCCCUGGCCUGUGGCUGUUUUUACCAAAAGCUUAUGGUAGCUGGCCCUGCCCAGUACUGCCCUGACUUGUUCUAAAGAACACUGGCCGGCACAACCACCUGGCUAAGACAGCGGGACACCGGCUCGGGUGAUAAAGGAGACAAGCUGAAUUGGAGACCGCCCUCUCCGCAUCCACCUGCUCUCCCUUCCAGAAACACCACCAAACAAGCAACAAAUCCACUGUGGCACUGACACGUUGUUUGGAGGUAUGGCUGAGGGUUUGUGUCCUCCCUGGGGCAAUUUACUGGCAUUGGAGGUGUGAGGAGAAUGCAUUGACUGGAUGUCUGGAGGCCCAAGUUUGAGUCCCUGGCUCUGUGAUUACCGUCACUUAACCUUCCUUGGUCUUAUUGUCCUUUUUAAAAUAGAAUAUUUGGAAUAGAUAAUUCUUCACAGUUCUAAAAUUCUGUGAUUCUAUUACAUUCUAAAACUGAAUCUUGGACUUGGAAUUGUCUGAAAUCCAAGAAGGAGACCUACUUGGUUUAUCACAGAAUGGGUAUUUUUCUGUUUCAUAGAUUUCUUUAAGAAACCUUGGGCCCUGAUCUCCCUGCCCUUUCUUUUUAGAUAUCUUAGCCACUUGUGGGGGCUGGGGGGAAGAGGGAGAGAGCAGUUGGGUGAGGAGCUAAGAAGCAGUGAGUGUGUUUGUAUUUUAAUGUUAAAUAAAUGGUUUUUGAAUUCUG